CUCUCUCUCUGUCAGUCGUCGUUCUGUUGCCGCACGGACACGCUCCACACUUUGGUGUGUUUUCUCCGGCUAUUCCCGAAGCUGUUGUCUCAGUACCUCGCGCAGCUCUUGCACCAGCGACCGGCAUCUGUUCCAUUUCAGCGUGGGCUCAAACUGUACACAGAGAGCGGGAUAAUGAAAGAAAGGCGUCAAAGAGGAAAGCAGGGAGAGAGAGGGAAUUAAAAGAGGAGUAAAAACAGCAAAGGAAAGAGUCUCCUUCUCCUAUUGCGUAAAAGGUGGGAGGACAGUUUGAUUCAGUGAAUAUUUGGAUUAAACUGGCUGCGUCUCUGCUCUCUUGUGUCCCACUCAAGGUGAUGAGCUCCAUAAAUCUCUGAGUGGGAUCCUGACAGAUCUGGGAAAACUGCUUUGUGGGUUCGCCACAUCUGGUCCAGCCCCCCUCCGUCUUACUGCGAGCAUUCCCCAUAACGACCUUCACAAGUUGUUUCAGCGUGGCUCAGCUCUCAUCACUGGACUUUAACUUGGGGGCCUGAACCUCACAGAUCGCCAAUGCUAACAAGGGACUGCCUGCUGCUGUUCCUGUGGAUCCUUGUCAACGCAGGCUCAGUCUCUUCUUUACGUCCACCUUCACCGCCGCUGGGACGAAGCAGGACGGGGAGGGAGCAUGCCAGGAGCUUGGUGGGCCCGAUGAGGAAUGGGGCAGCUGGAUUUCAGCGGGUCAAGAGGGGCUGGGUGUGGAACCAGUUCUUUGUACUGGAGGAGUACAUGGGGUCAGACCCGCAGUAUGUGGGAAAGCUGCACACUGACCUUGAUAAGGGGGACAGUGUGGUGAAGUACACUCUCUCGGGGGAUGGGGCUGGCUCUAUUUUCACAAUUGACCAAACAACAGGGGACAUCCAUGCCUUAAGGAGUCUUGACAGGGAGGAGAAGCCUUACUACACCCUGCGCGCCCAGGCUGUUGACAUCAACUCCAAUCGGCCGCUCGAGCCCGAAUCUGAAUUUGUAAUCAAGGUUCAAGACAUCAACGACAAUGAGCCAAAGUUCCUUGAGGGACCGUACAGGGCCAGCGUCCCCGAGAUGUCACCAGUAGGGACGUAUGUGACGCAAGUGACAGCCACAGACGCAGACGACCCCACGUACGGAAACAGUGCGAGAGUGGUGUACAGCAUCCUCCAUGGCCAGCCAUACUUCUCUGUUGACCCCAAAACUGGGGUUAUAAAGACAGCCUUGCCCAACAUGGACAGAGAGGUGAAGGAACAGUACCAGGUAUUAAUCCAGGCCAAGGACAUGGGGGGCCAACUGGGGGGGCUGGCCGGCACCACCACCGUCAACAUCACCCUCAGCGAUGUCAACGAUAACCCGCCCCGGUUCUCGAAAAGUUUCUUUCACCUGAGAGUUCCCGAGUCGUCUGCAGUGGGGUCGGCCGUGGGAAGAAUCAAGGCCCAUGACCUGGACAUCGGGAGGAAUGCCGAAGUAGAGUACACCAUCGUGCCAGGUGAUGGAGGUGCCAUGUUCGACAUCACCACCAAUAGCCACAACCAAGAGGGGAUCAUCAUUCUCAAAAAGCCCCUGGACUAUGAAACCAAGAAGGCGUACACCUUUAAAGUAGAUGCCACCAAUGCUCAUCUGGAUCAACGAUUUCAGAGCUCUGGGGCCUUCAAAGACACAGCAACGGUGAAGAUUAACGUUUUGGAUGUGGAUGAGCCCCCGGUGUUCAAUAAGCCUUCGUAUGUGAUGGAUGUGCAUGAGGACACACCCGCAGGCACCAUCAUUGGAGCGGUGACGGCACAGGAUUUAGAUGCCAGCAGCAGUCCAGUCAGGUAUUCCAUCGACUGGAAGAGCGACAUGGACAGCUACUUCGACAUUGAUCCAGUGGAGGGAACGAUUUCCACCAACGAGCUACUUGACAGAGAGAGCAUCGCCCAGCACAAUAUCUCCAUCGUGGCGACCAAACUUAAUAGUCCCGUUCUGACCAGCCGAGUGGCCGUCACCGUCCACGUCUUGGACAUCAACGAGUUCCCGCCUGAACUGUCCAGUCCUUACGAGACCUUUGUGUGUGAAAAUGCUAAAAUGGGACAGGUGAUUCAAACCUUUGGUGCAAAAGACCAGGAUCUCCCGAUGUCUGGGCAACAUUUCUCCUUCAAAUCACCAAAAGAAGAUUUUAAAAGCAACAAGAAUUUCACAAUCCGAGACUUUGGAAAUAACACAGCUGGGAUCGUGACGAAGCGGAGCGGCUUUAGACGGCGUUUACAGGAGAUCUAUUUCCUUCCUGUGGCGAUUGAAGAUAAUGGCUACCCCCCCAAGAGCAGCACAGGCACCCUGACCAUCCGUGUAUGUGGGUGCGAAUCAGAUGGAUCCCUGUUGACCUGCAGCGCAGAGGCCAUCUUCCUGCCCGUGGGUCUCAGCACCGGCGCUCUGAUUGCCAUCCUUCUCUGUAUCAUCAUCUUGUUAGUGAUCGUGGUCCUCUAUGUGGGCCUGAGACGGCAGAAGAAAAAGGAAACUCUCAUGUCAUCUAAAGAGGACAUCCGCGACAACGUCAUCCACUACGACGACGAAGGGGGCGGCGAGGAGGACACGCACGCCUUCGACAUGGGAACGCUUCGCAAUCCCAAGGUUGUCAAAGAGAACCUGUUCCGCAGGGACGUCAAACCUGAGAUGAAGCGAGAUCCCCGGCCGCCCGUCUCUCAGGACAGCGCCGACAUCCGAGAUUUCAUCAACCAGCGUCUGACAGAGCACGACAUGGACAACUCGGCUCCCCCUUAUGACUCCCUGGCCACGUACGCUUACGAGGGCGGCGGCUCGGUGGCCGAGUCGCUCAGCUCCAUCGAGUCCCUCGCCGUAGACCUCGAGGAGGACUACGAUUACCUCAACGACUGGGGGCCCCGCUUUAAGACUUUGGCAGGGAUAUUCGGGGAACAGUCAGAAACUCAGUCGGACUCAACAACCACAGAGAACACACACUGAUGUUAUCCACAGACUUUGAGAGCAAAUAUGUAACGACGUUCUUUUGGUUGAACACACACGCAAAGGUUCCAGCAUUGUUUUUCCUCCCAUGUUAUCUGUUUUCAUAUUUUUUCCAGCUCACUGUUUUCUGUUUUUAUUUGGUACUUUAACAUGCUCAGUCCCAAAAUUGUAAAAAAAAAAAAGAAAAAAAGAAAGAGGGAACGCGCGGUCGAGACGAGCAAAACAAACAUUCAAUUAUCACUCUAUCGAAUGAUGUUUCUUGUCUUACACUUGGUUUCCUCUUGGGGAAAACGCAUACACACGGAAAUGUUGUCAUUUCCUACAACAUCCUUAUAAGUGCCUCAAUAUAAUUGUUCUUUCACUUGCUAUUUCAUGCCACAUAUCCAGUGUUGCUCCUUAGAACCCCAGAGGUGAAGCUGAUUGAUUCAGGAUACAGCUCUGUGCUGUGUCUGGCAUCCACCGAGACCAAUGUCAACCCCGUGGGGACGAUGAAGUGGCCUGAGUUUGGCCAAAGAUGUUUUGAAUGUUAUUUAUUGUUCUAUUUAUUUAUUGGCCGAUUGAGUUUGAUUUAUUUUGUGUAUUUAUCUAUUUAUCUCUCAGUCAUCAAUCUGUGUUUUUUAUUUUUUGGAAAAACACUCGAGUAAUUUUGUAAUUAAAAUCAAGGCCCACAUGAAAAUGUAUGUUUCUGUUAUAGGUGGGUCAUGUGAAUAGACUUGUACUAGAGUUGUAAAAAGACUAAUUAGGGCUAAAUACUGCAGUUCAGUCGUGUAAUAAAACACUGUUUUCUUAAAUAAACCACA